AUGAACGAGAUGCAUACAGAUAUGUUUCAUUCAAUGACGAAGGCAGUUGUCUUAGAAUCAUCCAUAGUGAUAAUUUUUUGGCCAUCAAAUGUUCCUUGUGUUUUUUCAGCGGGAGCAGAUCUGAAUUAUUUUUGGCAGUGGACCGAUAUGACAAGCUUCAUCAUCGCUACAUGCGCGAUUUUCAUCUUUUUUGCUGCAGUAACUUUAUGUUUUGCUGAAGUCGAGCUUUAUACCGAAUUGAUUGGUACAGUCGCCUUGCUUCUUGAAGCCAAUCUUGGAACGCCCCAAAUUUGGCACAACUACAGACGCAAGUCGACGGUCGGUUUGAGCUACAGGAUGACUUUACUUUGGCUGGUUAGUGAUAUUUUGAAGACCAUCUAUUUUUUCAUGCGGUAUUCUCCAUUACAAUUUAAGCUUUGCGGAUUUUUUCAAAUUUUUCUUGACGUUAUUUUAUUGAGUCAGAUUUUCAUUUACUGGCAAGAUAAAAAGCCAAAUGAAUCUUCUGAAGUUUAA